AUGUCAAUGCGUCAGCGAAAGACGGUCAAAAAAUUGGCCACAGAUUACUUAUCAAAGCAUUGUUUUCUUCCAACUGGAAAGUCAUCAGAAAAUCAUUCCAACCUGAAGCUGGAAAAGAUAAGCAUCUCAAACCAUGUGGGCAAAUAUAUUGAUCGUCUUAAUUUUACCUCUGCUUCCAGCACAUCAUCGUUCGGCGUUAAGGUUACCUUCUUGCGACCCAAUGAGCCACACGUCCAGGAUGUCCAAGCGAUGCUCCCCAUGCUAAACGUCGCCAUGGGAUGUAUUUUUUGUAAGGAAGCCACAGAGCCGUCUUUGGGGAACUUAUUCCAGACCAGUCGCCUGCGCCUGGAGAUUACCUCUGACGGAGACUACAAGCAGUAUAAGGUACUCCUUAAAGAAGUUUACAAGGCGCACUAUAAAGUAAUGGAGGACUUUGAGGGGAAACCGCUGGGCAUGGAGACAAAUAAGCAUCGGCUAAUCUUACUGAAUGUCUAUAAGGAGACCUACUAUGGCAUCUACACGAACAGGAAGUUUGUGGUCACCCUGGAGGAAACUCCUGCGAUUUUGAGCGGUGCCCAGUUCAUAUUCGGGCUUCUUCUAUGGGCUAGUUGCCCCUUCCUGGUGAAAUCGCGGCUCUGGGUUUACUGCUCAGCAGCGGCAUUGGGCGCCCAUCUAGCUGGCGUGUUUGCGGUUUUCCUAACUGUGGUCGCAGGUGGAGAACCUAGCUUUGCUCGUCUAUGUCCGCUCAAGGCAAACUUCAAGCAGGUGUACGAGGAGCGACCCGUUCUGGUGAUCCUGAUGCUGUUCGCUGGUGCCUGGAUCUUCCAAGCUGGAGCUAAGAAGGUUCGCUUUCUGUGGAGAUAUCGGAGCAUUCGCUUCAUUUACUGUCGCCUGAUAAGGGGCGUCGCCUACUUACUAAUUCUCCAUGCCUCCGAUCUGGACACCUUUGGAACGUUUUGCGUGAUCGUGUUGUUCCCAUUGCCAGAACUUUGGCAUCUUUUCAAAUUCCUCAAAAGACAGGCGAUCCGGCGUCUCUCCAAGUGGUUUCUGCGUUCUGGGAGGAGUUAACGAGGACAACAGGUCGAGGCGGGUGGACACUUCAAGGCUUUCGCCAGCUGCCCCAGAGAAGAUAAUGCCGUGGAAAUUGAACAAAUGAUCCGAAUUCUCAAUAUCCGUUUGCAGUUAUGAUAGCAGCAGCUUUAACAACAUACACUUGCAAAGCGACCAGGACCAGUUGGAUCGACAAGGUUGGAUGUUCGAGGCUCAGCAGGACAACUAAAACUGCAGUUCUUCUAUGAUCCACCUGAAACACGAUAUUUCUAUACCAUAUUCCGAACCUGAUUAAUUAUAAAUAUCAAAAUUAAAUUAAAUUAAAAUGUUCAUCAUCCAAAAAAAUUAUAUUUAACUAUUCCUAUAAUUCUUUAUAAGCUAAU